GUUGGAGUCCAAAGCAACUCGAGGGUCGAAGGAAGCCGUUUCCUCGCCAUUUCUCCCCCUGGGAUCCCCUCCCUCCUGUGUCUCGGAGUGAAACCUUUCCGAAGUGGAUCGGAUCUGAUUUCCAGAUGCUGCAAAGAUACCUGGUCGCCACUGCUAACCAAAUGAUCACCUACAACAUGAACAUUACCUUUCAAAGAAGUUGAACAGCACAGACCCUCAUUGGCACUUUUAUUUGUUGACAAUGGCAGGAAAUAGUGGAGAAAGUCAGCUGCAGAGGAUUAUCCGAGAUUUACAGGAUGCCGUCACAGAAUUGAACAAAGAAUUUACAGAAGCUGGGGAACCAAUCACAGAUGACUGUGUCAGUUUGCACAAAUUUUCCUACAAGCUUGAAUAUCUUUUGCAGUUUGACCAGAAGGAAAAGUCCAGUUUACUGGGUAACCGGAAAGACUACUGGGAUUACUUCUGCGAUUGUCUGUCUAAGGUUAAAGGGGCAAAUGAUGGAAUUCGCUUUGUGAAGUCUAUUUCAGAAUUCAGAACUUCCCUUGGCAAAGGAAGGGCAUUUCUCCGUUACUCCUUAGUGCACCAAAGACUUGCAGAUACUUUGCAACAGUGUUUUAUGAAUACCAAAGUUACAAGUGACUGGUACUAUGCAAGAAGUCCUUUCCUCAACCCCAAAAUGAGUUCUGAUAUCAUUGGUCACCUUUACGAAUUAACUGAGGUUCAAUUUGAUUUGGCGUCUAGAGGCUAUGACUUAGAUUCAGCAUGGCCCACAUUUGCCAGGAGAACAUUAUCUUCUCUUGGCUCCUCAGCUUACUUGUGGAAACCACCAAGCCGCACUUCGAGUAUGAGCAGCUUAGUGAGCAACUAUCUGCAGGCACAAGAGAUUCCUUCUAGUCCCAAUGGGAACAAUUUUUUAAAUAUUGAACCCCUUGAGGGCCUAGAUGAGUUGCACACAGAGCUUGACCAGGCAGAGCUGCGGCAAAAGGAACUGCAGGAUCGGAUCCAUCAUCUGGAAAAGGAGAACCAGACACUUCAGGCAGCUGUCAGCUUUGAGCAACAGCAAGCACAGGCCGAAAGGGAGAACAGUGGCCGGAUCAAAGAGGAGAACGUCAGGCUCACAAAAAUGCUUGAGGAGCUGGAGAAACAACGAGAGAUCUCCUACUGUACUCAGGGUACUGUGCAGGACCUGCAGAAAUGUUUGCAGGUGUUAGAACUGAAUGCUGCCGAGAAGCAAAGAGAAUACUCUGCAAAGCUUGAGGAACUGGAGGCCAGCAAAAGGGACUCUGACUCUAAGCUACUUCUCUUGAAUCAAGAACUGGAAAGCAGCAGAUCUUUAGUAGCCAUGAAGGAUGUCUGCAUUAGUGAACUCAUGGCCAAUCUGAAAUCAGAAGAGCAGAAGAAUGAGGAGCUCAUAGCCAAGACCCUCCUGAAUGAAAAGGGACAACAAGCCAAUCAGUAUGAAUCUGCACUGAAGUUUGAGGAGUUGCGAAAGAAGGUCCAUACAGUAGAACAGGAGAAGGUUGAUGCCUGGAAGCUAAAUGACAAACAUCUUUCUCUGCUUAAAGUUACAGAAGAGGAACUGCAUCUGAAAGAAGAUGCUCAGAAGGAGCUUGAACUGAAGUUGGAAAACCUCACCAUCAGCUGUAAAGAAGAAUCUGAAAAACUGAGUCUUAAACUGGAAACCAUGGCAACUGAAAGAGCUAUUCUUGAGAAAGAGCUAGUAGCAAAAGGCAAGGAGGCAGCUGAUCUUCAAAUCCAAUUGAAAGAUUCUUUGGAAUGUGUAAAAUCAUUGGGGGGAAAACUUGAGGAGGAAAGGGAAGAGAAGGUGGAACUUGAGAGGUCAUUUAGCCAUAAAAAAACAAUAAUGGAACAAGAAGUAAAAAACACAAUGGAUCAGCUUGUGUUGCUGGAAAUUAAAUUAUCAGAACUAAGUCAGAGAGUUAAAAGCUUAGAGGAACAAAAAACAGAACUUGUUUCUGAAAGAGACUCUCUCAGAAAAAAAUUAGAAAGAAUGGAGCAACAGGCAGUCGAGCAGAGCUCUUCAUUGAGAAAUACCACUGAAAGAUAUGAGAAGCUCAAGUCCCAGAAUGCAAAGCUGCAACAAACCAAUCAGAAAUUAGAAGAAAGGUGGAGAGCACUGGAAGCGUCUAAAUCUUGUUUAGAAGCUGAGGUUGCCAAGUUGAGAGCUUCCGAGAAACAACUCCAAAAUCAAAUAGAUGAUGCUGUAGUGUCUGUGGAUGAAAAGGAGAAGAAGCUCCGAGAAGAAAACAAGCUUCUGGAUGAAAACCUGCAGAAUGCCACAAGGCAAAACCAAGUUCUGGAAGAGAAGAUGAAUACUUUGCAGGUUGACUAUCAAGAAUUGAAACAGAGUGAAGACACCAUGAAGGAGUCCUUAAGUGUACUUGAAACCAAGCUCCAGAGCACCAAAGAGCAUUGCUUGCAAAUGGAAAAUAAUGUGUCUUCUUUGAGGAAGAAUGAAGAAUCUUUGAAGGCACUGCUUGGAGAGAAAGAUGAGGCAUUGCAGUGCCUGGAGAGUCAGUGCAGGCAGCUUCAAGGAGAAGUUGAGAGGUGCAGAAAAGAAGUGAAAACUCUAGAAGCAGAAAAAGCAGAUAUUGAAAAAACGUGUCUCCAUCAAACGAAGGUGAUUGAAUCCAUUAGUUCUGAAAAGACAUCUGUAGAGAAAGCCCAGUUGGAACAGGCAGCCUGUCGAGAGAGAAAAGAAAAAGAUCUGGUUUCCAGAUUGGCUCUUUCUGAAGAACAGCUGCAUAUCAACCAGGCAGAGAUUGCUAGGCUUCAAGAGCAAAUGAUGGACCUUCAGGCUAAGUUUCAACAAACUGUUGCAGAGAAGGAGAAACUGCAAGGCAAGCUGGAUAUCCAUAAGACAGUCCUAAAUGAGCAUAAGUCCCUGGCCCAGCAGCUGAAGGAGCAGAAUGAAGCCCUCAACAGGAACCAUGUGCAGGAACUGCUUCAGUGUCAGGAGCAGGAGGAAGGACUGAAAAAAGAGAGAGAUCAGAAAGUCCAUCAGAAGGCUGAAAUGGAAAAGAGUGUUCUGUGCCUCACAGAUGAAUUGUCCAGGGUCAAGCAGUGUUUGGAGAUGGUUAACAUGGAAAAUAUGGAAAUCAAGGAUCUUCUCCAUAGGACCAACACUGAAAUGGCUGAGCUUGGCAUUCAGAUUUGCACUCUGACAUCUGAGAAGGCAGAAGCAGAAGAAAAGCUGUCCCAGCUCAUGGAAGAACUGGGUGCUACCAAAGAAAAGGCAGCUAAGGAUCAAGAGGAGCUUCAGAAUGCGCUCUCAAGGCUCACUCAGGAAAAAGAAGGCCUGCAAGAGAAACUGGAGGAUUCUGAGGUUUGCGCUGCCACUGUACCUGACCUGCGGACUCAGCUAGAGACAGCAGAGCGACAGGCACAGAGUCUGCAAGAGUUCAGCAAAGAGGAGCUAUCUGCAGUCAAGUUUCAGCUGAGUACAGAAAUUAUAAACUAUCAAACUAAAUUUAAGGCUGUCAGUGAAGAAUGUGAACACUUACAACGGGAGCUUGAAAAGAGGAAGCAGCAAGUAUACAUUGCAGAAGAAGCACUCAAAGACAUGCAGGCCGCUAAAAGAGACCUGUCCACAAAACUGGAUCUUGCCACUGAUUCGAUAACUGAGUGUAAAGCAGCCCUGCAAAAAAAAGAUGAAGAGUUAGCUCAACUUCAAGAUGAUCUGAAAAGGGCACAGCAUGAUGUCUGCACAGCAAAUGAGCAAAUUCAGUACUGUAGCGAUAACCUCAACAAGAUGAAAUCAGACCGUGACAGCAACGAGAAGAAGUUACUAGCUGAACUAGAUGACCUCACAAGAACAAAGCAGUUCCUGGAAGAACGGUUGAUUGAGCUUCUUAGGGACAAAGAUGCCCUGUGGCAGAAGUCAGAUGCUCUGGAAUUCCAGCAAAAACUCACUGCAGAACAAAGAUGGCUUGGUGAUGCAGAAGUAAACAGCUGCCUAGACUGCCAAAAAGAAUUUGGCUGGAUGAAUCGUCGACACCAUUGCAGAUUGUGUGGACGCAUCUUCUGCUACUACUGUUGCAACAACUAUGCUAUGUCAAAACAGACAGGCAAGAAAGAACGCUGCUGCCGAUCUUGCUUUAAAAAAGCAAGUGACUCUGGAUCAAAUGUUACCCAAGAAGAACCAACAUCAAGUUUGCUGGCUUCACCGUUGUCCUUGGUCCAUAGAGUUAUAGUUACAAAUGAAGCCUCUAAACCCACAGAUGAUGCAGUGUUUGAUAUAAUCACAGAUGAGGAAGUGGGUCAAAUACAGGAGAGCGACAACAAAAGCCAAACUGAAGAAGCAUCUCUGGACCGUAGCAUUACUGAUCUAAACAGCACAAUUAGUUCCUUAACGUUUGAUGAGUCCGAUGACUUGCAAAUGACCCAAGACGUGGAAAUAUGCUUGCUGAAGUCUGGAGAACUGAUGCUAAAGCUGCCACUCACCGUGGAGGACAUUUUCAAGUUUGGAGAAUCUAACAGAGAAUUAUUCAUUAAGUCAAACACUUACAGCACUAUUCCUAUCACUGUGAUAGAAACUGGCCUUACAAUAAGCUGGGUGUUUUCCUCAGAACCAAAGAGCAUUUCAUUCAGCGUCGUGUACCAGGAAUCAGAAGAAGCGCCACUGGAUCAAAGUAAAGUUCUUAUUCCUAUGACUCGCUGCAACUCUCAUAAGGAAACUAUACGUGGGAAGGUGAAAGUCAGAAAUCCUGGGAUAUACAUCCUAAUAUUUGACAACACUUUCUCAAGGUUUAUCUCAAAGAAAGUAUUUUUUCACUUAGCUGCUCAACGCCCAGUCAUCUACGAUGGAAGUGAUUUUCCAUAGCCUUGAAUAUGUGUAAUAUUUAUAUACUGUAUUUUACCAAAUUAUAUUUUUUAAAAACACUACUAUUUAUAUAUUCAAGAGAGCACUAAAAUUACAGAUGUGUCGGAAGCCCUCUUAGGGUUAUGCAAUAAUUUUUUAAACCACUUAACAUGAAGGCACUUAUAAAAAAGAAGUUAAUUUUUAUAGGAACACUAAUGAUUCUGGACUGUGUGCCAAUCAUUUAUAAGCCAUUUUGUUUAUCUGAAAUAAACAAAAAAUAGCUAUGCAUUGCUGCAUUUGAUGCACACAAAAAAGGCGCACAAUCCAGAUAUACCUUUUCAAAGGGCUAAGAAAUAUGCAGUUUGCUUUUGAUUUGCUGGGUUGGAAGUUGUAUAUAAAGACGUUAAAGUAGUAUUGGUUCUGUGAAAUGCUGCAAAAGGAUGGAAUUCAAAUUCAGCUCUGCAAAAUCAGAAGGUAUUUUUAACAAGGUUCAGUCUAGACAUGCUCCACAUUUAGGAAGGUGACAGUUAAACUCCAGCCAAUUUGCAUCGCACAAGAGUUUUGCAGAGCGAUUCUUCAUGCCUUUCUGCUCCUCAAGCACAUAUAUUGCUGUGUGAUCACAACUAAACAUUGCGUUAAAGUGGCUUUGGGUCAGGUUACAUAGCUUCAAAUAUAUAUAUCACAGCAUACUAGUGUUUAUUUGUUCUCAAUGUGAAAAUUCCCAGUUCUUGUCAGUUCCAAUCCUUUGGAUCCCAUUGUGGGAGAAAAGUGAGACAUAAAUUGAAUAAAUAAAUACAUACAUGUGAGGCAAAGCACAACUUGCUUGGCAAGUGAAACCUAAAUGCUUGGUGUGCUGUAAAAACAACAGAAUAUUAGUAUGGACCUUUAUUGUUCUAAUUUUAUUUUAUAUUUUCACAAUUUCAUAAUGUAGCAAACUGUAUCCAAUACUGGUGCCUCAAUUGGCCCUGGUAGCAGAGUAAUCUUAAAGUGUUUAAUGUAUUGUCCAAGGCUUUCAUGGCCAGAAUCACUGCGUUGUUGUAGGUUUUUUCGAGCUAUAUGGCCAUAUAUGUCUCUAGAACAUGGCCGUAUAGCCUGAAAAAACCUACAACACACUUAUAGUGUUUGUUUUUAGGAUGGCCCCAAUUUUUUGCUUUGAAGAGCUGCUCAGAAUGAGGCCUAAAUUUGACUAGUUCCAAAACUGGCAAAUUGAUGGCUGUUUGCACAUCUCCUUUUUAGCCUAAAGACAUGGUUUAAUGAAUGGGGUAAAUUGACACUAAGUUGGUUCAUGCAGCCUGUUUACUCCUCCCUUGGCAAAAAUGGGUAAACAAACCAGAAAGAGAAAGCCUUACAUAACAGCAAAACCUGGGAUUAAGUCAAAUGCAUCCAGGCAAACCAGGAUUCGCAAAGUCAGUUUUCAAUUCUAACUUGUUUGUCGCAGUUGAUCAUACUUUCAAAUUCGGACAUGAUGCAAAGCUUUUUUCUGGUUUGUUCAUCUGCUCUGACCAAGCACGUGGAAAUGAGCAGGUUCUGUGUAUCACCCAUUUCUCAUUCAUAUCAUGGUUUCCUAACAGCUACUUUAACAGACCGCUCGUUUAAUUGUAAACACAAAAUGUGUCUUUCUCUUAAAUAUUUUAAUUCCGUGUGAAUAAGGCAGUUUUACUCUUUAGAAUGAUUAAAUUACAAGGUAAGCUAUUUUUAAAACAAGAUUUUCAUAGGAAUACUAAUGAUUCUGGACUGUGUGCCAAUCAUUGAUAAGCCAUUUUGUUUAUCUAAACUAAACAAAAAAAUAUCUAUGCAAUGCUGCAUGUGAUGCAAAUUUUCUACCAAGGAGACUGAUCUAUGAUAGAGGAAGGAGAAAGAUCCUUCUGUUCCUUUGAUAAAAAGGUGCUACGUUGUGUGGGGAGUGGAAAUUACAGUAUGACUGAACUGCAACUCACUUUUUACCAUUUAUAAUCCUUUUCACAGACAAUGGAAUUUCUUUGUAUGCUUCAUACCUCUACAGACUUAUUCUAAUCAAAGCUAUGUGACAUAGUUAGUUGCAUGAUAUUGCCAUGCAUUAUUAUUAUGCAGAUUUUGGUGGUGGCUAUACCAGCACAAGGCUCCUGUAAUAUACUGAAUACUUGUAUUCAGAGAUGUAUGGAUUGACUGAUACAUUUAAGAAGAUAUUGCGGACUAUAACAUAGAGAUCCCAUCUGUGGUAGCUUCCAAUUUGUGCAUUUGCCACUGAAUUAUUUAAUGGUGUUGUUAUUGAAGUGCCAGAAGUGUCUUUUAUUUUGAACUGAACUGCAAUAAGAAUUUCAACGUUAGAAGCUGAAACAGAGUUUUCCAUGGAAUGUGCAAUAAAUAUCUAAAGGACUUUGGACUGAAAUCCUCAUAAUAUCAUAGCUCUGACUUGCCAGUCGACGUUGCUGUGAUUUGGGGUAUGGAUUUCUAAUUUUGCAGAGGUGUGUGUGUUUCACAAUUCAGGUUGAUGCGAAUUUUAUCAAUCCCAAUUUAUGGUUUUAAAUAUACAUAGUUGAACAGGUGAACAGGAUGCCUGGAUCCUUUUAUUUGUCUGUAUUUUAUCUUAAAGCUUUGAUUUCAUCUUAUUUACUUUUUUAAAAGGGUUAGAUCCAGAAAAGGAUAAUGCGGGAUGCUUCUCUGGAUCCAACACAAAGAAUUGACUCUUUAAAAACUAUAAACUACUAUUAAAUGGGAAGACUUAUUAACUAGCCUUAUUGUCAGAAAUACAGUAUCGCAGUUUUGGUCUCAUGCUGUAUCUGCAUCCACAAUUCUGACUGCAUUAUAUUUCAUUUUGCACACAUAGCCAUACCAAUUUUAUGUUCUCCCAGAACUAAUCUGCUAUUGCUUGAGAAUUAUAUUUUUAAAAAUCUUAUACCAUUAUUAGUCACUUUCAUUUUGAUGACAGGAAAUGGAAAUAGUACCUGUAAGUGGUAGAUCACUAAAUUAUAUGUUCACAGUUAUUAUUACUAACAGGGUUUUUUUGAGGCAGGGGGAAUCUACAAUAAGGAUAUCAUGCAAGGAGUUCUAUUGUAACAGAUUCUAGGAUAAGUACAACAAGUAUAUUUCUGGAGUAGCCACAGAACUCAGUUUCUUCAGACCUGUUCCAGAAUUACAGGAGAGGUGGGUAGCAGAUGGCCUGGAACAUGUUUGAGUUUUGCUGUGUCCAGCAUCUCAUGUGCCUGGAUGUCUUGAGCGCAUCAAGUUUUAGAGGUGCUACCUUUCUUUUUGGCAUUUUUAAGGCUAUGCAGUACAGUAAACAAGCUCUACUACAACUUGAGAACUAAUAUAGUGGUUUGAACAUUGAAUUAGGUCUCUGGAGAGCAGGAUUUGAUUCCCCAUUCAGCCAUGGAAAUCUGUUGGGUGGAUUUGGGUGAAACACACUCUCUGUCCUAAAAAUUCCCAUGAUAGGGUCACUUUAGUGUCACCACGUGUCAGAGAUGACUCGAAGCACCCAACAAACAGUACAAUUUAGGGAAGGCUUUCAGGCUCUAUUAGCGUCCCCUUCAAAAGACACUGAGGCUUCUGCUAUUCUGAGUAACAAUAUCAGUCAGGCUCUGUAAGCUUCAAAAGACUGAGUAGGCAGCAAUGCUGGAAUCUUGAGAUCACGAGGAGAAGCCCAUUUGGAAUUCUGCAGUUCAUUUUCUCUAGAGUUUUGAAAGAGAACAAUGAAGUCAUUAACUGCACUAUCGAAAUCUGUUUAAUGAAGCUAUUAAUUCUGUUUAUUACUAGUCUGAACAUAUCCAAAGACAGAGUUUUGGCAUAUUGUUUUUCUCGAAUUACUGCUUCCAAACUCUUCCAGCCAGAACGUGCUGGCUGGAGGAUUCAUACAACCAAGGUAUGAAAAGUAACUUUUCUAGGAUCUCUCCAAACUUUAUAAACAAAGCAGAAAGUGAAUAAUACAACUAAAAAUACAGAAGGAAGACUAUCUCUCAAAAAACAAUGCAUUCCCAAUGUUGUUACUAUUAUGUGCCUUCAAGCCACUUCUGAGUUAUGGUGACUCUCAAGCAAACCUAUCAUGAGAUUUCCUUGGUAAGAUUUGUACACGAGAGGUAGAGGAAGGCAACCUCUUGUGUACAAAUCUUGCCAAAGCAGAGUAUAUGUGACUUGCCUGAGGUCACCCAGCAUGUUUCCAUGGCCAAGCUGGGAUUUAGUCCCUGAUCUCCAGAGUUGUUGUCCUACCACUCAUACCACUACAUCAUGCUGGCUCAGUAUACAGAACAAAAAAAAAUAUUGUGAAACUCAAAGCUGAUCAAAUGCUGAUGGUUCAGCAUAGUUUAUUUCAUUGGUCUGAAGUUAGUCAAUGAUGAGUAGCAUGUUGGCCCAAUUACCAGAUGUUUCAACUCCAGUGUAAAGCCUUAACAAUAUUUCAAAGCCAUUAUCUAUUGGAGUACGUUAUAAGGACAGGGCUCAUCCCACUGCAGGGAUGGGAGAUGUGUUGCCACUGGAAUACAACUCCCAUCAUCUUUCACAAUUGGCUGGUUUGUGUGGACUCAAUGGGACCUAGAGUCCAAGGGUAUCUUGAUGGCCACACAUUCCCAGACAUGUCAUCAUUUUCCAAAUCCUGCUAAUAAUGAAUCAUAUCUUGUCGAUUCACAUAUUUCUUUAAAUCUGUUGCUAGAAAAGGACAGAAUCCUAUGCAAACCAUCAAGAAAUAAGUCCCACUGAACAGAGUAGGGUCACUCUAGAUGUAUCUUAUCCUUUCAGAUAUGUCCGUGUCUGAACAGAAGAGAGUUCCAGGCAGACAGGCAGAAUUCUAGUUUUGAAAUGGCGUUUUUUUUUCUGCAUAAAGAAUGUUACUUUGGUUUUCUUCUGUUUCCAAAUUUGGUUAAGUUCUUUUCUAGUAGUUUCUACUGAAAGUUGGAUUCACUAAGCUGAAAACUGUUGAUAUGCAAAAAUAACAGUGAUGAGCUUGAUUUUUAAAAAGCAACACAACUUUGGAGUUGAACUUCUAUUUUUUAGUUGGAUCUCAGUUUGGUUUCAUUAACCCUUUAAAAAGUUAGAAAUUUUGCAACUGUCAAAAUAGAUUACCUGGUAUAAAGAUAUAGAACUCCACCUGAUCGAAUGCAGAGGACAUAAUCACUCAUGUAUAUGUUAAGUAUGUACAUUUGUAUGGAUGCAGAUGGCUUUUGUACUGGAAUAUUUCUGGAUGCUUUUAUACUCAGGAACUAAUUAAAAGUGUCUAUCAUUUAAA